GUUGGAAAGCUUUCUUCUUCCAUCUCGAUCGUCCCCUUAAGAAGUAGCUUUACUUCAGAAAGGUUUAUUCACUUUUCAAAGUGUGGACUGCAGAAGGGGCUUGGUGAGGAUCGUUACUGUGUUACUGAAGGUCAAACAAGCGCCAGCAGGAUGGCCGAAUUCAACCAGACUGGAGAACCUGACGAUCAUGUGCAGGCCGAUUUCACAGAGGACAAUCCCUUUUCCCAGCCCUGGGAAGACAGCGACUUAGCUCUUGUUGUGGAAGGGCAAAGGUUUCAUGUUCAUCGUCUGAUAUUGACUUUAAACUCGCCUGUAUUCAAAGCUAUGCUGACAUCUAGUUUUAAAGAAGCAACGAGUGGUGAGAUUACACUACCCGAGAAGAACGCAAAUGAAGUGUUAGGUUUUGUUAAGCAGUUGUACGUACACAAGAGAGAGGAGAUCACAAUGAAUAAUGUGGAGCACUUGCUGAAACUCGCUGAUGAGUACCAAGUAAAAGGAGUCCUUGACCUGUGUGCCAGUUGUCUCAAGAAUGAACCUAAAACAGAGUCCAAUGCUAUGAAGAUUCUUCUUCUCGCUCAGCAAUACGGUCUCUCAAGUAUAAGCGAAGAUUGCUGUAAUUUACUGGCGGGAAUAAAGUUGGACAGACUUGAAAAGUAUGAACAACUUCCAUUGCUUAACAACGAGAACCUCCGAGGCAUUCUCCUUCCAAGAAUGAGACAUUUGGAAGAAUUUAUCAGGGACCUCAGUCCUCAAGUUGCAGGAAUUGUGGCUUGCACCACAUGGCUGUGGAACGAAGCCAAGAAGCCUAUGGCUUGGUGCCCGACCCACUUUUCGAAUGGGCAAACAAAAGUAAGCCUAAGAAAUUGCUUGCGAACGUGCUCUGCCUGCAAACACGUUAUUCAUUGCUUGGCUUUUGACACCGUUGAAAGAUCUAGAGAUUAUUAUCGGAGUUCUGAGAGCUGCACUCUUUCCCGCUCUUACACUACUCGCGACGGCGAUCACUUUGACAGUAACCUUUCGAAUGUUUUGGAAAAGUUGUUUGAUUUAGCUGAUUAGACCCGCUAGCUGGAAGAGCUUCCUCAAGUAUUGCAUGAAUUUACCCUGGUCCUUGGUACGUCCCAAAGGUUUUGUUACUGACGUGCCAUGAGAAAACCUGUGGAACCAGAGUAACAUGAAUUGAAAAUCGGCGAAAAGAAAUUUGAAUUCAAAAUAUCUUAUUGUUUUGUUCAUUAUAUAUUCACGAGUUUAUUGAAAGAUGACUAAACUGACUGGAUUCUGUUCCCAUUGGUUAAUAAGAACAAUCGUUUACGAAGUAGACGUUAAAAACGGAAUUGCUGAUGGGCCAAUGCUGGGUUAAAUAAAAAAUUCUUAAUGUUUUUUACAUUA